CUUACCCACAACGCACUGCGGUUCUAUGUAAGAAUAAUGGCGUCGAGGGCACCAGUUGCCACAGCCAGGUUUAUGGUUGGUUUCCGCAAAUGGUAUUACAAUUUGUGCGGCUUCAAUAAGUUCGGUUUAUUGCGUGAUGACCUACUCCAUGAGAAUGAAAAUGUGAAAGAGGCCAUACGUAGGCUUCCAGAAAAUGUGUACAAUGACAGAGUCUUCAGGAUCAAGAGGGCCCUGGAUCUCAGCUUGAAGAACCAGAUCCUCCCCAAAGAGGAGUGGACAAAGUAUGAGGAGGAUGAACUGUACCUGACCCCUUAUGUAGAAGAGGUGAUCCGUGAGAAGCAGGAAGAGGCAGAGUGGAUGAAGAAAGGUUGAGCUGUCAAUUGUCAACUUGGGUCGGUGCAUUAUUGCCCCUUGGUGAAACAUCUAAAAUGACAUGUAAUCUACAUAAGACAGUACUCAUUAAAGAAAUAUUUUGGAGCAUG